UGUCGGCGGCGCAGCCCCGUGAGCCUGAGAGGAGCCUGGCGGCUGGUGCUGCUGCCUCAGCGGGCGCGGGGGACGCCGGCAGUUGCUGAAGGAGCAGCUUUGAGGAGCAAAACAAGAAUUAAAGUGGAUACAGACAAACAGAUGGCAGAUAACAGUAAAACAGAAGAUACUGCUUCAGAUUCCGUGGAGGCUGCUAAAAAUGCAAGCAACAAAAAAGAAAAGCUGUCAGACCAAGUGAUGCAAAAUCCCCAGGUCCUGGCAGCUCUGCAGGACCGUCUUGACAACACAGCGCUGACUCCUUCAAGUUACAUUGAGACUUUACCAAAAGCAGUGAAAAGAAGAAUUGAUGCCUUGAAACAGCUACAGGUGAAAUGUGCCCAUAUAGAAGCUAAAUUCUAUGAAGAAGUACAUGAUUUAGAGAGAAAAUAUGCAGCACUGUAUCAACCCCUUUUUGAUAAGAGAAGAGAAUUCAUUAAUGGAGAAGCUGAACCCACAGAUGCAGAGUCAGAAUGGCACAGUGAAAAUGAGGAAGAAGAUAAACUAGCUGGAGACCUGAAAAAUGUAGUGGUAAUAGAAGAAAAAGCAGAGGAGGCAAAUGUCAAAGGAAUUCCAGACUUCUGGUUUACCAUCUUUAGGAAUGUAGAUAUGCUAAGUGAAUUAGUACAAGAAUAUGAUGAACCUAUCUUGAAACAUCUGCAGGAUAUUAAAGUCAAGUUUUCUGAACCUGGACAGCCUAUGUCUUUCUCAUUAGAGUUCCACUUUGGGCCCAAUGACUACUUUUCUAAUUCAGUCCUAACAAAAACAUACAAGAUGAAGUCAGAGCCGGACAAGACGGAUCCCUUUUCAUUUGAAGGACCUGAAAUAGUUGACUGUGAGGGGUGUACUAUUGACUGGAAGAAAGGAAAAAAUGUUACAGUUAAAACAAUCAAAAAACAGAAACACAAGGGUCGAGGCACAGUUCGAACAAUUACUAAACAAGUACCCAAUGAUUCUUUUUUUAACUUCUUCAGCCCAAUAAAGGUAUCUGCUGAUGGAGAGGCACUGGAUGAAGAUUCAGAGUUCACUUUAGCAGCAGAUUUUGAAAUUGGACACUUCUUCCGUGAAAGGAUAGUCCCUCGUGCUGUGCUUUAUUUCACUGGGGAAGCUAUAGAGGAUGAUGAUAAUUUUGAAGAAGAUGAAGAAGGUGAAGAGGAGGUGAGAUGCAUACUGUAUCUUUUAUAGAUAACUAAUUACCUACU